GCCAUUGCGAGAUCAGCGCGCAGUAAACAAUAGACGUCACUUCCGCUUUCAGGUUGACAGCAAAACAAGAGAAGCAGGACAGAUUAAAACGCGCACCUAAUAAAUAUUUGAGGAGAAAACAAAAUUGAAAUGAAGGUACUGACUCCACAACAGGAGGUGGAGGCGGAUGACAGCCUAUGUCAUGCCAGUUCUAAUAGCGACCACGACUGUGAGGACAGCGACCAAGAAGUAGCUCCACUACACCUCCAGGAGGAACAUGCACAAGACACAGAGAAGGACGAUCCCAGGCCAGAUGGAGGAGUGAUAUGGAGAGUGGGCGGUGGCCUGUUCAGCAUGACGCGAAACGUUGUGGGUGCAACCUUAGGGGGUGUCGCGUGGGUAGGAACUAAAGGUUUUGAGCUCACCAAAACAGCUGUGACCAGUGUGCCUGCCGCCGGUUCCGGAUUGGUCAAAGGGAGUGUCUCCAUGGUUACAGGAGGUGUCGGAGCAGUGGGAUCCGUCGUAGCAAGUAAAGUCACACCAAGGAAGAAGGACAAAGCUGACUGAUGGACAGUGGGGCCGUGUGUGUGUGUGUGUGUGUGUGUGUGUGUGUGUGUGUGUGUGUGUGUGUGUGUGUGUGUGUGUGUGUGUGUGUGUAUGUGUGCAUAUUUCUUGUACUAAUUACAUAGUGAGAGCCAAAACAAGUAUUUUCCUAACAGUGAGGACGCAGGAGUUUUUGUUAGAGUCAUCCGUUUAGCUGUGGUGUCAGGGUGAGGGGCCGCCAAUGCAUUAUGGGUGGAUCAGAUGAAUCAAUAGAUUAGAAUAUCAUCAAAAACUUUAAGUGACGCUUGUCUGUUAUAUUUCUGUGACUUGAGGGAUUUCAUUAGCUGAAAGUCGCAGUCAUCAAAUCAAAACUAAACAUGAUUUAUGAUUAAAAUUGUAUAUAAUUCACAAGUUUUACUUUAUGAACUGCAUUACAGAAAUGAGUUUUUGAUAAUGUGUCAGUUCAGUGAGAUGCACCAGCAUGUGUGUGUAGGUGUGUGUGUAAUGCAAGCGAGUAAAAUACCUCGAAAUGAAAAGCUUAGAAUGAUUUUUUAGCAAUAUUCCUCAGAUUCAAGCAGCGUGUUCACUCAUUCAGAGACACAAGGAACUGUAUUUCAGUCACUGUCUGUGGAGGAACGUCAUCGAACGUACAACGGCCACACAACGGUGAAGGACUCUACGUGAAUGUCCACAGAACCGUCCUGUCAGAUUGGCCCAAAAAAUCCUCAUGUGUCAGAAAACGGCUCCAACAGAUCUGUACAUGCAUCCGUUAAUAGUUCGGUUCACUUUAUUUCUAUGGCACCAAUUCAAAACAAAGAUCACCCUAUAGCUGCUGCAGCUGAUUACGGUCACUCACCUGAUCUGAGGUCAGCAGCAGCAGCAUGGUGCAUCCACACGCAGAGCAAACUGCACCCCCCACCACCCAAAGCCAAAUGUUUGCAUCCCUCAAACCACUGUAGCACGACGUCAGCUAAAAAGCCAGGCAGCAGCUUGUGUCUUUAGAUUGAGUAGGUGUAGAAUUAUAUUUUGUAUUUAUUUAUUUAAACGAUGUACAGUACCUUUAAUUGAACACUCGCUUGGACCUGUGUGUAACAACGUCUUUAUUGUCAACCUGGUUGAGUCUAAAGCCUUUUUCACAACAUUCGUGAUUGCUGGUUCUUACAUGAGAACAAUCACAUUUGUAAAUCACAGCAGUAGUUUGUUUCUUAAUUGAAUUGGAAAAAGUUACCACUAAAAUUUUAGUUUGCAAUAUGUAAAUGCACAUGCAAUGAACUGGGCCCCAGCUGUGUGAACCUGAGAAAGGUUAGAUAUAACCGACAAACGCACAUGUAGGUCGCUCAGCUGUCCGUUACGAUUUGCCUGGAAUCUGCCAUUAUUGCAAUGGUUCCUGAUAAAGCAACAAUGUUGAGCAAGUAAAACAAAAAAAGGCCUUUGCUUGAUGGACAGUAAUCACACAUCCUGCUCUGUCCUUUCAUGUUGCUUUGAGCUGAAUUUCUUCUGUCUUUAUUCCUGCUACCUUUUGAGUUUUAAACCCCAAUAUUCUGUUACUGUGGCAGGUUUCAGACCGAGUAGUUUUGUGUAAAACAGAAUUAUUUUUGCAAAGAGGAUGAGGCUGUAUUCUGCAAAAUUAAAACAAGUGUUUUCUCUC